AUGAGUCUGCUUAAUACACUCAAAUCCUAUCAGCAUUUAGAUGAAAACAGAACCACAUUUAGAUCUACAAGGAAAUAUGGAUUUUUCUUAACAGUCACAAAGUUAUGCCAACUACCAAGAUUUCUUGUAAAUGAAUUUUUUGUCUUCUCCAUUGAAAUCUACAUGAAAGCCAGAAUAAUAACGCAAUGGCAAGUCAACACCAAAUGGAAAAUUUGUAAAUUGUAUCGGAAAUAUUCCAUAGCUCGACAGCGUAAGAGAAACAAUUUUGACUCGAGUUUUCGUAGGGAGGAUGCACCAGCAUCGCCUUGCACAGAAUUUAGACAAGAAGGUGGAGCAGUCAAAGGAGUUAUAGUAGAUGAAAAUGGAUUAGAUGUUCUGUAUUUAAGAAAAGUCGAAGGGGGAGAUUUCCCAAAACAAGUUUCUAAGGUUUGGUAUAAUAAUCCUAUGAAUGAAGAAGAGAAGAGAAGAAAAUCUCAGCCAAUUCAAGAAAUACCAGUGCUUCAUUUACACAGCCAUGAUUUUGAUUCAGCAAAGGAGAGACCAGUGUUUAAUGCUACUUAUAAUAGGCCAACCACAUCAGAAUCAUUGGUGGUUGCAGGAUCGGCACAUUCUCCACCUCCACCACUCGCCAUCGUGGUUUCAGCGAAUCAAAUUAACCCUCCUCCUCCACCGCCACCACCACCACCGCCGCCGCCGCCUCCCCCUCCCCCUCCACCACCACCANAUUUUUGA